AUGGGAGCUGCUUAUGCUCCCACAUAUGCUGUGAUAUAUAUGGACUCCUUUGAAAAAAAGUUUAUUUACCCCACAGAUUUUUUCAAACACAGAGUUAUCUUGUACAAACGUUUCAUUGAUGACCUAAUUUUUAUAUGUAAGGGGGAUAUAUUAGAAUUUUGUGAAUUUUUUGAAUCUUUGAAUUUAAAUGAACAUAAUCUCUCAUUUUCAUAUGAGAUGAAUCGAAAUCAAAUCAAUUUUUUGGAUCUGACCCUAUUUGAAAGAAAUAAUAUUAUUGAAUUUAGACCCUACAGGAAAAGUACGUCAGUGAACAUGUUUUUGCAUGCUACUAGCAUGCAUCCCCCCCAUUUGUUGAGAGCUUUGCCUCAUGGAGAAUUUAAAAGAAUCUAUCAGCAUACUAGUAUAGAAUCCGAGUUGGAUUAUGAGUUAAAUGAGGUGUUUCUAAGAUUAUGUGAAAGAGGGUAUGAAAAAAAGCAAUUACUGAAAAGUAUGAAUAAUGUUAUGAACAAGCAUAAAACAUUCAGAAAGUUUGAAAUGGAUGUUUUAGAUUUAACAAAACAAGACAGAGAUGUGGAAGAGAUAUUUUUCGUGACUAGGAGAUGUGAAGAAGAGUCUCAGUACAAACAAAACGAAUGUGAAGCUUUGAAAAAUGACUUACUUUUACAAUUGUCUCAGUCGAGCCAAAAAGUUGGUCAGCUAGAAGCCGAGCUAACUGACAAGGGUGAUGUCCAAAAGGAAAGGGAUGCCUUAGUAACAGAGAACACUGAACUAAGAUCUCUAGUAACCACUCAGAGUGAAAGAAUUAUUCUUUGUCAAAAAGAAGUUGAAGAUACCAAGACAGAACUCCGUAGUCUGGAGUCUUAUGUUUCACAGAUGCCAAUGGUAGAUGUCAAUGAGAGAACAUCAGCAAAACUGAAUCAUGCCAGCUGUCCGCAAGAAAACAUAUCUGCAAGUGGAAAUGCUGACACUGCUACAGAUAAAUCAGUUAUUGCAGAUCUUAGACUUAAACUAGCAGUCAAAGAAGCUGAAGUUCAGAAGCUUCAGGCAGAAAGGACAUGUGAAAAAGCUGCAGAACAGCUAUCAAGCGCUAGCCCAAAUACUGAUAAAUGUGGCUUUAUUACAGUGAAGUCAAAGCUAACAAUGAAUUUUGAAAGAAGUCAGGCAGAGGAAGACAGGAAAUGGCAGCAACUGGACCCCAUUAUUAAACAGACUGAAAAGGAGCGCUCAAGAUAUAUUGCUCAGAUUGUAGAACUUCAAGGAAGCCUUGCAGAAGCAGAAGCAGAAAUUUCAUCUUUGCAAGCCCGGAUGGCACAGAGAACAAGUCAGUUUCAAGUCAUACAGGAGGAAAUGCUGGAGAAAGCUGCUAACACAACAAAUCUAGAACGUGAGCUCAAGAAGCUGCUGUCUCAGUUGCAGACAUUGGAAAAACAACUAGAAGAAAAAACUGUUGCUUAUUCGUCAUGUGCUGCACAGAAUGCUGAACUUGAGCAACAACUUGUGGAAAGAAACAGCUGCAUUUUUGGUUUGGAGGUGUCUGUAAAGGAAGAACAAGAAAGUAAUAGGUUAGCUCUUGACAACGUCAAGAAAAUCCAUAUGCAGCAGCACAAGGAAUUGGAGUCACAACUUGAGAUGCUGCAGAUGAAUCUAGACAAUUUACAGUCGCAACUGAAUGAACGAAACAAAGCAAUCUCCACACUGCAACAACAACUAAGAGUGAAAGAGCAGCAAGUUGAAUCACAGAAUCUUGAUCUGAUGGAGGCUAAACAGGAACUGGAGAAGCAUACGAAAGAAACUGAUGAAGCAUUAAGAAGAUUUAUGAUCCAAGCAACUGAGGGAGCAGAGAAGAUAAAACAUCUAGAAUUGGCACUAGUUAUGUAUAGAGAGGAAAUAAAUAGAUACAUCUUGCAGCUAGAAGAUAAUAAGGAAUCGUUUGAGAACCAAUUAAAGAAAAAGUCUGAAGAGUUGCAGUGCCUACGUAAAGAAUUGACUUUGAGCACAGCCAGUAUUCAAGAGGCUAAUGACCAAAAUAUACAGCUACAGCAGAUGUUGGAGCAGGGAACCAGCAGGAUCAAUGAACUGGAAGACUUCCAGACAGAGAUGGAAAAGCAGGUCUCAAAACUUGAACGCAAACUUCAGCAACAAAGAGAGUCAUUUGAUGAAGAAAUAAGAAAUGCAAAAGAGAAAUUCCGUAAAGUCUGUAAUGAAACAGAUUUCAAAAAACAGCAGGUGCUUGAACUUACCAAUACCAUCAAGCAGAUGGAAAUGGAACUGGAUAGCAAUCAAGAAGCGAUCACUGGGAUGGAGAAGGAAUUACUGCUUUUAAGGAGAGAUAGUGAGACAAAAAAUAUUCAGCUUAACCUACUGGAAGAUACUUUGCAGCAAACCCAGACAGAACUGGAUAAGAAGGCAGAUCUUGUGGUUGAUCUGGAAGAGCAACUUCAUCGCAGUGAAGCUGACAGAAGAAAUUCCUUACAAAGACAAGAUGAGCUGGAGUCUGAAUUGCAGAAUGUACGCGUUGAACUGAAGGACACAUUAGGACAGUUGCAAGAACUACGAGAAGUACUGCAGAAAGCUCAUUUGUCUCUUGAGGAGAAAACUGAAGUGGCAGAACAGUUGUCAUCGGAACUGAGACAUUGUAGAGCUGAACUUGAAAGUAGAGAUCAAGAACUUCUUGAAAUGGACAGUAUCUUAAAGGAAAGAAACUGGGAACUUAAACAGAGAGCUGUUCAGGUCACGCAACUUGAUAUGACAGUUCGUGAACAUAAAGCUGAAAUGGAACAAAAGAUUACUGAAUUACAGUGUGCAUUAGAGAAGUCAGAGCUGGAAAUGAAAGAACUCGUCAAGCAGACUGAAAUGCUAGAUGAAAAAUUACAGUUCACAAGAACUCAACUCCAAGAGAAGGAUUUUGAGUUGCUUCAAAAGGAACAGCAAACAAAGAUUGAAUUAGAAGAAAAAGAACAACGUAUAGCAGAUUGUGAGAAGAUUGUAAAAGAACAGGAAAUGAUGAUAGCAGAGCAGCGCCAGAAGGAGUUAGAACAAAGGCAGCAACUUCGGCUGGCUCGGGAGCAGAUACAGGCUAGUCAGUUAGAUUUAAUGGAGACCCAACAGAGACUCAGUCAGACCCUACGAGAAGCAGACAGACUAGGACGGGAACUAGAAGAAACUCUCCAUCUUAUUCAUGAAAAGGAGGCUCGCACCCACCGUUUAGCAGAAGAGCUGGGUGCCACACAAGCACGUGAAGCACAACUAGAAAUGAGUGUACAGACCGAGAGAAAAAAAUAUAAAGAAGAAAUUGAGCAGCUGAAGGAUUCUCACCAGCAAGAGGUCACUAGACUUCAGGAAGGUCAUGUUGAUCUUUUGCUUUCCAGUGAAAACCAAAAGUCAAAUGUUCAUCAGCUGAGUAGGCAACUUUGUCAGUUAAAACAGGAUCUUGACAAAGCAAAGGACAUAGUACAGAGCCUGCAAACAGAACUUCAAGCUAAAAAUGAAGUUAUCCAAGCCACUACUGAAGCACUGAUUGUUAAAAAAGAAGACAGAUUUGAUCAGCUUCAAAAUUCAGUGGACCCUGAUCCCAUGAUAUGUUCAGAGGCAGAAGUAACAAGACUGCAAACAAGAGUGUCUGGAUAUGAAAGAUCAGUAGGAGUACAGCUGUCUUCAGAGAUUUUUGUGUCCUCUUCCCAAAAAAUGCCUAGUCUUUCAGUUUUGCAGCAUUCCACUUACAGAUGCAAGCAGAGAAACUCAUCUGGUGGUCUCAGUGACAUUUACACACAGCAUAACUCAUCAGAAAACGAAGUGACACUGACUCACAGCAUUUUAGAUAAUGUGAAACAAAUUUCUCAGCUAACUUCUGACACAGAUUACCAUCCAGAUGCAUAUGGAAAAACUGCAGAAUUCCAGGUAUCGGAUACAGAAGAUGACUCUUCCAUUAACUAUGUUGGCUACUCAGUGGACAAGGAUGUUUCUUCAGAUAAGUGUUGCACUAGUCAUAAUAGCUGUGAUUUGGAAACUCUGAGUGGAAUGCUAAAAUAUAUUAAUAAAGAAACACGAGUUUCAGAACCUUCAGUUUUUAGUACAACAGCAGAGCGACCUACUAUGGCAUCAAAAUCUCAGAUUGCAAAACAGUGAAGAGGAAAGAUCAUCUUUCAAGUUGUGAAAGUGAAUUAUUUAAGGACCUGCAGCUAAUACCCACCACACUUGGAAGCAAGAAGAAAAAAUUCCAAAGAACUGUGAAAAGCUGGAACUGUAAUACAUUUGUAUUUUUUCAAAUGGCUAGAUGUUUGUAAAGUAACAAACAUUUAUUUGUAAUUUCUUAAAAUAUUAAAUAUUAAAAUGAAGUAUAUUUACUAAUA